AUGUCCCUAAGGUAUUAUGAUAAUUUUACAGAUGGUCCAGAGAAUACACAAUUUAACCCUAAUAGUGAUAAUAUAGAUGUUAUAGAAGGAAAGAGUCAGAGUGUCAACUGUUUAGCUGAUUGUAAACCAGAUUGUAAGAUCAACUGGUCUAAAGAUGGUUCAACAACAAUUCUAAAUAACCCUUUAUCACUUAGUACUAGAGAUCAAACUGGUUCUUAUAACUGUACAGUUAGACAUACUGUAUUAAAUAAACAACUUACAAAACAACUUAAUGUCCAGAUUUAUUAUGGUCCUGAUGAACUUACUACAAGUAUCAAUAUAAUAGAAGAUGGGCCUGAUAGACUUACUUUCUCACAAGAUGUAACAAGUAUCAAUAUAACAGAAGGUAGAAAUCAAACUAUAUCAUGUUUAACUGAUUGUUAUAAAUGUAAUUAUAAAUGGACCGGACUAAUUUCAUCAUCAACUAAAGAUCUUGUAUUGACUCAAAUAAAAAGAAAUCAGGAAGGAAACUAUAGAUGUGAAGCUACCAAUAUUAAAAAUACCAACCCUAAAACAAGAUCUAAAUCUAUACAAGUUAAUGUACAUUAUCAACCUAAUAUAAUCAGUAUAACAUCUGAUGCUGUAAAUAACAAAACUGAUGAAGGUUCUGAUGUUAUAUUCAACUGUAAUGUUAAUAGUAAACCAGUAUCUACUAUAACCUGGUCAUCUUCUACUAGUACUGAUACUAACAAUGGUCAACAGUGGACAUUAACUCAAGCUAAAUGUCAAGAUACAGGAAUCUAUAUAUGUACAGCUAAUAAUGGUAUUGGUCAGUCAACUACUAAAUCCUUACCAUUAAAUAUUAGAUGUUCACCAAGAAUAAAUGGUGAUUUAAAAGAUGAAGUAAUGAAUAGACUAGGUGAAGAAGUUACAAUACUUAUUGAUGUUAUAGCCUAUCCUAAACCUAGUUUUAAAUGGAUACAAGAAUCAACAGGACAAGAAUUAACACCAGAUACAACUCAACAAGUAGCUACCAAUAAUUAUAUUUCAAGUUUAACAGUCACAAUACAACAAUCUUCAUUUGGUAACUACAUUGUAACUGUUAAUAAUAGUAUAGGUUGUGAUAAAAGUUACACUACAAAGAUUAUUGAUGGGGCCAAUAAGAAACUACCAGAAGAAAGUUAUGCAACGUUUUCCAAUAGAAAUCCUGAAGAAAGAAGAUAUGAAGAUUUAAAUACUCGUUCUGAAGUUAAUGAUAACAAUCAACAUAAUUCUGGAAAUGUAAAAGAAUAUGAAAAUAUGAGAAGAAAUUAAAUAUAACAGGCUGUAAUAUCUGUUCAGAAAUCAACCGUUCUAUACACAUUCCAAAAUGCCGUCUGAGAGCAAUAAAAAGGACGUUUAAAUACAGGGCAAGUUCACUUUGGAAUUCGUUACCCCAAUCUCUUAAAUUGUCUUCUGAAUUAAGUCGUUCUAAAGGUUGACUAAAGAAGUACACUGGUAUCUAGUUCAAAUUAAAAUUGUUGAAAAAAGUC